CCGGGGACAGGAAGAGGCGCUUCAGAGGAAACAAAAAUGGCAGCGGCCUCAGAUCACGGACUGAAGAGAAUAGUUUGGAAAAGAAUAAAAGAAACAAUCAUUGCAGACUGCAGAAAAUCUGAAGUAUGGAAGAUACUGAUCUUGGAUCCUUUCACCACCAAACUCCUCUCAUCAUGCUGCAAAAUGUCCGAUCUCAUGGCAGAAAAAAUAACAAUUGUGGAGGACCUGUACAAAAUCAGAGAGCCUGUUCAAGAAAUGAAGGCCAUCUACUUCAUGUCACCAACAACUAAGUGUGUGGAGGCCUUUAUUGCUGACUUCAAGCCCAAACCCAAGUAUAAAGCAGCAUAUGUCUAUUUCACCGACUACUGCCCCGAUGAGCUGUUCAACAACAUGAAACUGUACUGUGCAAAGUACAUCAGAGUCUGUAAGGAAAUCAACAUGUCCUUCAUCCCCCAAGAGGCACAAGUGUUCACAUGUGACAAUCCAGUAGCUUUCCAUAGUAUUUACAGUCCCAACAGUCAGGACAAAAAGAAGACCCUGGAGACACUCGCAAACCAGCUUGUCACGCUCUGUGCCACAUUGGACGAGUAUCCAGGAAUCAGAUACAAGAAAGACAGCAACAUGGAGAACGCAAAGACUCUUGCAGAGCUGGUGGACAACAAGCUGGCCAGACAUUACGAGCUGGAUGAUAGUGGCAAGAAAAAGGGAAAGACCCAGGCCCAGCUGCUGAUUGUGGAAAGAGCUUUUGAUCCCGUCAGCCCCAUCCUACACGAGCUCACCUACCAGGCCAUGGCCUACGACCUCAUUGAUAUCCAGAAUGACACCUACAAGUACAAGUCCAAAGACGGCUCAGAGAAGCAGGCCCUGCUGACUGAGGACGACAUGCUUUGGGUUAGGCUGAGGCACAAACACAUUGCUGAGGUUUCAGAACAAAUCCCCAAAAUGGUAAAAGAAAUAUCUGCAAGCAAGAAACAGCCAGACGGGAAGAUCACAAUUAGCAACUUGGCCCAAAUGAUGAAGAAGAUGCCUUCAUUUCGUAAACAGAUGACUGAGCAAACCAUUCAUCUGCAGCUGGCUGAGGACUGCAUGCAACAUUUCUCAAACAACGUGGAGAAACUCUGCAAAGCUGAACAGGACCUCGCAGUGGGGUCAGACGUGGACGGGUUGAAGGUGAAGGAUUCCAUGCGGACCCUGCUGCCUGUGUUGCUUUACCCAUACAGCACUCACGAGAAGGUCAGAGCUGUGCUGCUCUACAUCUUCAGCCUCAACGGAACAACAGACGAGAACUUGAACAAACUCAUCCAACAUGUUAAGAUCGAGGAUGAACGGGAAUUUAUCCUGAACUGGAAAGAACUGGGCGUUCCUAUCAUCACAACGCCCAGUAUCUUCCCUCGCAAAACAGCCAGACGGGAUCGUUCCCAGGAGCAGACGUACAACCUUUCCAGAUGGACUCCGGUCAUAAAAGAUGUGAUGGAGGAUGCUGUGGAGAACAAACUGGACACCAGAGAGUGGCCUCACCAGUCCGAGUCUCCUGCUGCCUGGAAUGGCUCUGGGGCCGUCAGUGCCCGUCAGAAGCACAAAGCCAGCAGUCAGGAUGAACGCCGGAGCGGCUCGCGCCUCAUCAUCUUCGUCAUAGGUGGAAUCAGCUACUCUGAGAUGCGCUCAGCCUACGAGGUCACCCAGGCGGUCAAAUCCUGUGAGGUCAUCAUAGGGUCGUCCCACAUUUUGACCCCCACCCGUCUCCUGAAUGACAUCAAGGUCCUGAGCAAAGGUCCCGUGGAGACUUUCACAAUAGAGGAACGGAGCAACGCCUGAGAAGUCGCCCUUCCCCUUACAUCUCAUAUCACUCAGCACACUGCACUCAAAUCAACGAAUCUCCUGAAUGGGAGACUGAAGGGAAUUAACCUUAUACUCAUCUUUAUGUUUUCAUUCUCUAAACUGGGGGGUGGGGGGGGAGUUAUUUACAGUAGACAUGCAGUCAAAUUCUCCUUAAAGCAGAUUUUCUCAGUGGAAAUGCUUUGGCUGUGAGAAUGUGGUCUCCACUAUCAUGGUUUUGUUUUUUAAAACACUACAUGCAGAUGAUAUUGAAGGUGGACUUGACCUCAUCCUACUGAGAGCUUCACACUGUCUUCUAACCUGCACCCGUGUUUGCUUUUGUCCUUAAAGGUAACGUGAGUAAAAAUUUUGCAACAAACAUCACUCAUCCCUUUCAAGUGUGUUGGAGAACCCAUAUCGCUUCUGGUUAGCGUUGAAUCUUGAAAGAUGUGGGUUAUUGUAAAAGAACAUGGCGGCCCCUGAUACAUUUCAUACAAUCAGGUGAUUGUACACACACACCCAAAUUUUACACACUGGACCUUAAAAAAUGUUAGAUGAUGAAAGAACUCUGGAGAACAUCCAGAGACUGGGGAAAAAAGCACAAAGAUAAUGUAUAUACAGUAUGUAAGUACCUGCUACACCAUGUUGGCUUCCUUAAUCCCUGCUGUUCAUUAGCACUUAAUAUAAUUUCCAAGAGUGUUUUAACCCAGAAUAUUUACGUUUUUCUUCUGUUUGUUUUUCUUGUGUUGAGCAACUGACUAAUAAAAGGAUGAAGUCGUUCAACA